AUGACCCAGAUCCCGGACCAGAGGGAGAACCCUCUCAACCUGGGCGGCGGCGGCUGGGCAGCCUCGAUGCCGUUUCCCACCUGGUCUUCCUGCCAGCAGAGGCGCGGGGGCGCCCCGACGUACAAGCAGCGCUGCAGCUACCGUCCCAAGGCCGAGUACGAGCCCCCGAGAAAAAAGGCGAAGCCACCGCCCGGCCUGGGCCCCUGGUGUCCGCCACCCCGCUGGCCCUACUGGGCCCUGUACUCCAACUGGGGGCACUGGAGUGGCCCCUGGCACCCACCUCCCGCGGGGUUCCGCAAGCCGCCCGCCCGCGUGCCCGUGUUCUGGCUGUGCGGCCCGCACCCGCGCUGCCCCUGCUGCUGCUCCUGCUGGCGCGGCCCGCGCACCCCGGUCUGGCGCCGGGCCCCGGGCCGCAAGAAGCGCUGGGGUCGCCGGGGCCGCUGGCUGCGCCGCCCAGCGCGCCGCGCCAGCCCCACCAACCCGCCCGUGGACCUGAGCAAGCUGCUGCGGCCCGUCAACCUGUACGGCUGGCGGGCGCCGGGCAUGCGGGCGCCGCGCAACACCACCCAGUUCAUCAUGAACCAGAUCUACGAGGACAUGCGGCAGCAGGAGGAGCUGGAGCGGCAGCGGCAGGCCGAGCGGGCGCUGCGGGGCGGCGCCGGGGGCACGCCCCCUGCCGGCGGCGGCGAGGACGACGACCAGCUGCCCGCGUCUCUGUUCAGUUUCAUGCAGGAGCCCUCGCUGGUCUUCAGCCCCGACCCCCACCAGGAGGAAGAAGAAGAGGAGGAGGAGGAGGAGGAGGAGGAAGGGGAGGAGGAGGAGGAGCAUAAGAGGUGCUGUGAGGAGUGCGGUGAGAAAGACUCUGAGAGUGAGGAGCAGGAGGAGGAAGAAGAGGAGGAAGAGGAGGAUGGAGCGGGAGAGGAGGUGGAUGAAGAGGCAGAAGCCGGUGGAGAAGAGGAGGUUGACUAUGGAGAUGAUGACUUUAUGGAAGAGGGGGAGGAAGAGGAGUUUGAAGAGGAAGAGGUGGAGGUUGAGGGGGAAGAGGAGGAGAUGGGGGAGGAAGAGGAAGAAGAGCAGGAGCAGAGGGGGGAAGAGAAUCAUUUACCUCUGGAAAUGCCUUUAUCAAUCCUAGUUGGGGCUGAAGAAGAGAGAGAGAACUUUAUAAACUGUACUUAUUUUAGCCCAGAAAACAUGCACCAAGUAUCUCAGGACCUUUUCAGGGUACAGGACAUUAACUGUUAG